AUGACUUCCAACAAGUUAUGUCGUCCUUUCUUAGUAUUAACUUAUCUUAUUAUUUUGAACCCAAUACCAUCUUGUGCUUUAAGAAUGAAUUAUAGACAACAAAAGUCCACAAUUGAACAUAAAAAAGGUAUAGAUUCUUUAGAUUCUAUAACUUCUAGUUCUAAAAACCAGACUCAAGAAAUACAUAGUUUAUGUUCUAAUGAAUAUGUAAUAUUAAACAUGGAUUCUUCAGAUAUAUCAUAUAACAUUUCAUUUGAUUGUUAUUCUCAAAUCCCAAAUUACAAAACAAUAAUCAAAGCUUUUCAAAUCAAUUCAAUCUGUUAUGUCCACCCCGAUCAGAUGUAUAUUCAUAAACAAAAUAAAAAGAUCAGCAGAUGUGGGGAAUGGCUCCAAUUGACUGGACCUAGUCAUAAAAUAGUUCAUUGUAUGGUUGUUGGAACUAUUAAUCCUAUCUAUCAAAAUGUACCAUUUAAAGUUAAUAAAAAGAUACUAACACUUAAGAAAAACUUAUUUACAAUCCUCACACGCGGGAUGUGGUACAUCAACUACAGUUUCACGUACGCUACAGCUGCUGUGCAUGACUAUACUCUUAAUAUUCCGCCAUCUCUAUACACAAUCGAGAGAUCUAAUAAUUCAAUUAUUUUUCAAAUCUAUGAAGUACAUCGGCCAAUCGAAUAUCUCCAAGCCGGAACUAUACUCUACUUUAAAAAUGAAAAUGACUUAUUCGUACUACCUUCUUUUUUCAAUCACGUACAUCUCCGCGCUAUAAAUAUCAAUGGGGAUAGUGUGACUUUCCCAAAAACUAAUUUUCAAAAUUUCCAAAAAAAUUUCCAUAUUUCUGCGACAUCAUUCUUCAAAAAUCUCAAAAUGAGUGAUUGCUCGUUCCAACGAAAUAAUCAAAUCUCAGACGUCAACGACAACUCAACAAAAACGCCAUUUCUCAUGUGGUACUUUUUCUCCGUUAAAAACAACAUCCCUCAUAUGGUCAACAAUAAAAACUUGACUUUCACUACUAUUAGUAAUAAUUCUAAAACUAGUAUAUUUAUAGUAAAUCCAGCCGCAUCGCUUCUCAGCCAGGAAUCAAAAGAAAUUAUGUUCGAAGCGAAGGUCAAUUUCCUCCCUGUUAAUUUGCGUGUUCAAACAGUUAUUAUAGCGAACAUUAGUAAGCUUGGUUCUCCAAAUGCCAUGUUUGUAGUUAUUAAUAAUAUGGCUACAAAACUAUUAUAUUAUAAUAACUCACUCUAUAUUCGUGCUGCGUUUGACAAACAAAACUAUGACUUUGCCAAUGCGAUCAUUUUGAGUUAUGUCGCAAACAGUGGAGACAUAUUAAUAGUUUUAAAUACUAAACUUAUACCAUUAGAAAAUAAUACUAAAAAUUGUGACAACACUUAUGACUGCGAAAAUACGGAGUGCACAGUCGACAACACGUCACUCGAUGUCGGAACGAGAAAGUGGAUAAGAGGAUGCGAACCACAAUGCGGAGUGUGUAGAGAUGGAUUUCUAUGUAACACUAUGGGAAUGUGUCAGAAAGAAACUAACUUAAAUUUUAGAAAUGCGGGUUACAUUAAAAUGGUUGUGUUAUUAAUAUGUAUUGUCGGUCUAUUUCUUAUUUGA